UUAAUAAACUAAAGGAACUAGACAACAUUGCGCUCAAUGUAAAGACUGUCGUGAUUUGAAAACAAGUUUGCCAAAUCUUAUACAACACAAAUUUCAAUCAACACAAUAUUUUAUCCAAAAAUAUAUUCUAAAAAUAGUUAACACUUGUGUGUCAACAACGAAACGUUUUUUUUUUUUUGUGUAUAUUUCGUAAAUGUGUUAAUGUAAAAUUGCCACUGAAGUUGCCGUUGUGAUUGGCAUAAGAAAGUAGUGAAAUCAUCGUCUGCUGUACGACAAUCUAAUCAGAUCAAAAUUAUAUUUCACAAUUGAACAGAAAAAGUGGCACGUUUAAAUUGAAUCAAGUGUGUUAAGUUAAAAAUGAACAAAAAAAAAUGUGCUCAGUAGCAACGUGAAUACAGAAAUGUUUUGGUUUUAAGGCAAACGGACACACAAACACAUAGAGAACAGGAACACAUAAAGUCAAAAGAGUGUGUGCAUGUAUAUGUAAGCGUCGACGAUUAAGACAGACGAAUCGGUUGAGUGUCGCUAUUUGCUAGUUCACAAUAGCAACCGAUGAAACUGACAUUUCAUUCAGUACAUUUUGACAGUUCUACACGUGAUUGUAAGCGAAACAAACUAAACCAAUUCUUUUUUUGUAUUUACAAUAUAUUCAAUCAACAAAAUGAUGUGGAAAAAGAAAGAGAAUAAAUUCCUGUGGAGUAAAGAGUCGGAUAAACGAAAUGCACUCUAUGUUAAUUUGUGUACUGUACGUCAACGUGAGCAAUUGAAUAAUGUGCAAAUCAAAAGUGAUCGUGCAUCGCGUGAAAUGAGUAAAAAAGGAGAUGAUGAAGUCGAAGAAAGCAGGUGGUCAAAUGCAUUGAGUUUUUUUAGUAAAGCAUUAUGUUUUGCCGAAAGUAAUGAGCAAAUGAGCUAUUGUUUUGCAAACCGCUCAAAAUGCUUCUACGAAAUGAAAAUGUACAAAGAAUCUUUAGUUGAUAUUGACUUGGCCAAACAGUACAAAUACUCAAAAAUUGAUGAAUUGGAACAACAACAGGAAAAUUGUGUGAAUUUACUCGACGUAGGAAAGCAAUCCGAAUCAUUUGUACCGAAAUUAAGUUAUCCAUCGCAUGAAAAAUUUCCCGGUUUGGCUGAUGUACUGCGAAUUGAACGAAAUCAAGAGUUUGGAUUACAUAUCGUUGCCACGGCCGAUAUUGAUGUUGGUAAAACGGUAUUGAUGGAACGUGCAUUUACAACAUUGUCAAUUGGCAAUGAGCAACGGUGCACCAAGUGUUUUUCCACAUACACAAAUUUAGUGCCAUGUAAACAUUGUACACGUGCAUUAUUUUGCCUUGAUUCAUGUGAAAUUUGUGAUAUUCAUUCGUUGGAAUGUGGACUGCAAUUGCCGAAAACUAUAUCGCUAGUCAGAGAGGAUUUUUUACCCGUUGUACGAUCUAUUGUUGUUGCUCUGAAUAUUUUCGGAAGAAACGUUAACGAAUUGAAGGAAUUUGUUGAAAAUGUUAUAGUAGACGAUCAAAUGAAAUUUCCGCCCGAUUCUAUAGAUGGCCGCUCACAAUACAGUAUUUUUUUGCGACAUUUCGAUAAAAAUCAUCCAGACGGAAGUAACACUACUAAAUCAAAUAUUCAAUCAAUUUAUAAUGCACUUAUGGGACAUAGACCAAUUGCCGAAAAAUUCACAACAAAACAUCAUCAACGAUUUUUAAUGCAUUUGAUUGGACAUCACAUUAGUAUCAGAAGGAACAUUGCCAACGGCAUUGAAUUUCGGAACAAACUUGUAAUACCGGUCAUUGGAGGUUAUUUUAAUCAUUCCUGCAUACCGAACGCCAUUAUGUUACCAAUCGAUGGUUAUGUCGUAACAACAAUAUGCCGUCCGAUUAAAAGCGGUGAACAAAUUUGCAUAUCAUAUCAUGGAACGAAAUUUCAAAGUCCAUUUCUCGAGCGACAAAAAAUCAUCGAACAUGAAUUCUAUUUCAAAUGCAAAUGCGAACGAUGUGUCAUGGAAGUCACUGAAACUCUUGAGCCUUGUACAUUUUUGGAUGAUCAACAACGAGUUUUAUUAAAGAACUCUGCUGAAACUUUACUAUAUACGAUUGAAAAACGAAAAAUGGUUACGGAACUAUGUGUUGAACUAUUGAACAAACACGGACGUGUUAAUUGGUGUGAAGACUUGGGAAAAGUGCUCAGUAAUUAUUUUGUACUGUUACACACUAAAUUUCUAUUGAAAACACCAUACUAAAACCAUCACAUUUAAUUUUAUUUAAAGAGACGCAAUAAGAAAAAUUUUAUCGAACGAAGUUAUUUAUAAAUAAAAAAAUAUUUUAAUUUUUUUAUGAAGAAAA